CAAGUUGACAUUGUUUUCUCGGCACAAAAUGAACCUCAAAGUUAUCUCUACCGUAUUUGCCGCGAUGGUGGCUGGGGCCGCCUCUGAUACUCAAGUUGCUGAUACCGAAAAUCGUGAGCUUACGUUUACCAAGCCAGGAAAAUGCAAAGUUACCAACCUUGACUUUAGCACACUCCAUAAAAACACGUAUGUGCAUCCUUUGGCUCUUCUCAAGUUCGGUGUCAAAAAAGUCUAUACGAAAUCGACCUCGAAAAAAUGCCGUACUCCAUUCCCCGCGGUCAUCGACACGAGCAAUCCUAUAUGCGACCCAGAUUUGAAAUCACACUAUGGAAACGCGCUAGUUGUUCAAGAAAACGACCAUGUUGUUCGUGACAAAUGUUACCUUGCCGAUGAUUGCGUUGCUGGUGGUCAAAUCGUUUUCGAGUUUUUGAAAAAGGUCAAUCUCAAGAAAAUCGUUGUUUUGGACAUGGACGAGGCCGUCACGGUGACAAUUAAAACUGCUGCUGGCGCCACAAAGGUCUUUCAUCCUGACCGUCCCGGCAACGGAAAGCACGUCGAGUUAAAGCUAAACGUCGACGGAGCCGUCUUCAUGGAGGUCGAUUUUGAUGGCUCUGGCGCAGUUCCGCUUAUUGUAUAUGAUAAUUGCGAACCAGGUGGGAACGGCGAUCCUCACUUUCAAACCUGGACUGGGCACAAGUUCGACUACCAUGGACAGUGUGACCUUGUCUUGAUCGAUGCCCCCAACUUUGAAGGUGGCAAAGGACUCGACCUCCACAUUCGUACUGAGCAACGCAGCUUCUUCUCGUUCAUCAACGGUGUCGCCAUGAAGAUCGGAAACGAUAUCCUCGAGUUUUCUCAUCAACAGGUUUUUUUGAACGGCGCGGACCAAACUGGCUUGGCUGCCGAGAACGAGAUGAAGUUUGCUGGAUACCCCGUCCAGUAUAGCAACAAGCCCCUCGCUAACGGACGUGACCACAACACGUACACUGUCAACAUUGGACCGAGUGAGCGCAUCCAGGUCAACGUAUACAAGCAGCUUAUGGCAGUUCGAGUUAUGGACGCUAGCCAUGAUAAUUUUAUCGAUGCGGUCGGGAUCACUGGCGACUACAAUUCAGGCUUAACGCUUGGACGUGACGGAACUACCAUCAUUGCUAGUCCGGACUUGUUUGGCCCUGAAUGGCAGGUUAACGAUCAGGAUCCCAAGUUGUUCGCUACGGUGCAAGAGCCCCAGUAUCCCGCCAAGUGUAUCGCGGCUCCGGCUGCGGACUCCAAGCCUCGUAAUCUUCGCCACGGUAUCUCCGAAAAGCAGGCCAAGGAAGCGUGCGCCAUCUUGGGCGACGACAUCGAAGACUGUGUCUUUGACAUCAUGGCUACCGGUGAUAUUGAAAUGGUUGGUGCUCACAUCUGAGGAUAUGUAAUGCGGCCGCAACUCCAGAUUGGGUCAAAAUACUUGCUUUUCAAUCCAGCUUUCAGUGUGGAGCA